AUGAGCAGUGGCAUUCACCGGGCACGCCUGGCGUGUGUGGAAUGUACACGACGUAAAGUCAAAUGCGACAAGAUCCUCCCAUGUCGUAAUUGCACCAGAAAAGGAUAUCGAUGUACUCGGCCGCGCGAGCGGGACUCUCCGAACCCGAGUAUUCCUCAAUCCGGGGGACGAAGUGAGCGAGAAACUCUAGCACGGCCGAGCGUAGAUGCUUCCAGGACCAUCGAAAUACUUCAAAACAGAGUUGCCGAGCUUGAAGUCUCGCUCAGCGAGGCUAGGAACUCGCUACUUCGGCCGCGAACAUCCGCGCUCGAUCCUGAAAGACACGAUGCCGCAUUCUCCCCGGCCGAGGCAAUAUCCGUCGACCAUUUGACUGUUCCCACACCUUACUCGGUGCACGUUGAAUCAGAUACAAAUCCGAAAGAGGUAGAAGAUGCUGCAACAAUACUGGAGUUUCUGGCUUGGGGUCGUCGCAAAGAUCCUUCCUACCAGGAUGAGAUUGUUAAGCGAAACAACUUAGAUCAUUCGCCAGGGGAUGUACCCGCUGACGAUGAAUGGGAGGAUAUGCGUAUGCCAGGACCUCCAGUCGCUGCUCUCUGUCAGGCACUACUUCCCGCAAGACAAAAGGUCUACCAACUCGCCAAAUACCACUGCGAAUGCUUGCUCUGGUACCAUGGAGCUUUUCAUGCAGCUACCUUCCUAAAGGAGCUAGACGAAUUCUACGAAAAAGCAAAUGGAAAGGUAGCAAAUCCGGGAGUCAAUUUGCAGUGGAUCUCCUUCUUGUUUGCAGUCCUCACGGGAGCGAUGGCGUGUGCACCAAGGUCGACUGCGCAGGCAUGGGGUUUCCGUGAGCGAGAGCGAGAUACCUUAUCCAAGCGGUGGCUGAAAGCCUCAAUAACAUGUUUACAUCAAGCUGACUAUAUGGCAAAUCAUUCAAUCUACUCCCUCGAAGCCAUCGCCAGUCUCACCAUCUCAGCCCACAUGCUCGGCCAUUCCAACGGUUUCUCGGUACUAUUGGCAUCAGCUGUGCGAAUCGCCCAGGGACUGGGAUUACACCAACUCGGAAGCGAUGAUAAUUCACAGUCGAUUGAUUCGGUGAAAAGGGAGAUUGGUCGCCGUGUUUGGUGUCAGCUUUGUCUCCAGGAUUGGUUUUCCAUUCCAUACACCGAAAGCUAUCUAAUCCAUCGAGCAUGUUUUACCACAGAAAGACCCCUAAACUGCGACGAUGAGAUAAACAAUCUUUCAGAAAAUCACCCUACCGUGACGAGCCACUCACGUCUAAAAUACAAGAUUGCUGCCUUGAUGCCAGACCUUCAAGACGAUAUAACCUCAUGCAAUACUCUCUACACCCGGUACGAAGAGGUGCUCAAAUAUGAUCGUCGAUUACGAACCUUGGCGACUCAACAUUUACCAUACUACUUACAAAAUGUUCCCCUAGACCCAUCGUGGCCAUGCUACGUAAAUUGGGCUCGGCGCAGUCUGGCCAUCAGCUCCGCUCAUAAGGUGAUCAUGAUUCAUAGGAAGUUUCUAAAUUUGAGCUUCGUCAAUCCAAUGUUUGAGUUCACUCGGAGGACCUGUGUGGCUGCAUCAAGAACUAUAAUUAAGGAGCAAAAGGAAGCUACACGUAACGGGGGGCCUAUGAUAUGGAUACAUCAAGCAUUUAGUGUCACGGCAAGCAUCAUUUUGUGUCUGGAUAUGUUCCACCAGCCUUUCCCAGACCGUCAAGCCUCUGAGCAUCGGCAGCUUAUUGAAGACGGAAUUGAAAUUUUAUCACAUUGUGAUACCGAUAUGAUUGCUCAACGAGGCGUAUCUCUUCUCCGGGCAAUGCUCGAAGCUGAACAGAACCAACCCCGAGAAAGGAGAUUUGGGGUUGAACCACCAGAAUCGCCGCUUCUACGCGACACCAUCCCUAGAGAAAACGGCUUGGACAUUGCAGCCAUCAUUCAGACUUUUUACCAACAAGAUCGAGCGAGUAUUACCGAGCACUGUCGACCAGCCCUUGGUGGGCCAUCUCUUUCAAGGACUACAGGGCAUAGCCGUUGGCCUGAUCUAUCAAAUGAUACCUCGGGGAUUAUGCCCGGUGUUGAUUAUAUGGAGGGCUUAGAUGAUAUCCUAAGCUUGGCAACGAAUUAUUUCAACUAG